AAUUGGAAUUGCCAUAUAAUUUUUUCUCCGACAACCAAACAGUCAACAUGGAAUCGAAGCUUGAUAACGAAAAUUAUGCUGAUGGGUCUAGAAAUGGAUUGGAAUCCGCUAUCCUAAGACACAUUUUAAAAACUAUCGAAGAAUCAAGCGGAGAAGUGGUCACGUUGGACAUUUUGUGUACCAAACUGGGAGAAGCUGCUCCUUUCCAAUCCAUUUCACCAGAGAAUUUACGCCACCUUAUCGACGAGGAACUGGAAGCGGCUGUUCUGGACGGUCUGGUGACGGAGGAAGACGAUCAGUACCGUUUAGCAGAAAAUAAUGAUGUGGGUCAAGAACCUUCGGACGCUGUCGGUGAUUAUCCGGUUCCGGGAAGAGUGUUAGCUUCGACGGAACGUCGAGAUAGUCCUGUAAGACAGCGACAACGACGUUCCCGUGCCAGUCCCAUUAUAAGAGCCCCGAUUCGGCAGCGUGCUCCGACUCUACCGGCAUCAGAUCGUAGGCAAUCAAACGAUACACCAAUCCGGGGACGCGUUGGUGCUUCCGCAGCCUUGCAUGCUGCCGCACCUCGUCGUCGUCAAAGUCAAAGUCGUUCCAGAAGUCCCCGUCGUCGAUCCCGUGCUGGAUCCCGUUCGCGUUCUAACCAACGUCGUCGUUAGAAUGUCUUGCGAAAAAUUUAUUUAUUAGUCAAAAUUAUCAGUGAAAAUUUAUUUCUAAUUAGUUAG